UGGCCAAGCGCGUUCUUUUACAAAACAAAAAACAAUUUUUAGUUAAUAUUUUAUAUUGGAUGAUUGCGGAUUCACGAUGACCAACCAGGGAGCUGGAGGGGCAGUAGCCGAUGCCGGUGCAGCUGCUUGGCACAAAUGGUGUCGCCUCUGCGCCAAGGACCAUCCGCAGAACGCAAACGUCUAUGCGCGACAAGGGGACCAACAGUCCUCCUGGACGAGCAUGUUGGCCAUGGCCAUAGGCAAAUAUUUCUGGGUGGAUAUCAAACCGGAGGACGAGCUGAGCAACCACUUGUGUGCGGAAUGCUUUACGCUAAUGGAGUGCCUGAUUGAGUUCUCGGAGCGGGUGCGACGUGUCCAGACGCUCUUCCUUAGAUUGCAGAACCUAAGCCCGGAUGGGGCGUCUGUGGACUACGAGGAGCUCCGCACCGAUUGCGGUCUGCUGACUGACGAGUGGAAGCACGUUAUGUCGAGAGCAGUUACCGUGGCACCGCCACGGCGUUUGCAGGAGAAAGUUAUAGAAGAGGCAGUAGAAGAGGACUUCCACGUGCAAGUGAAAAUACAGGAAGAGCAAAAGCAGGACGUGGAAGCAGAAGAUGAAAAUAUUGAGGCAGAGGAACACCCGGACUGUAUGGAGGAUGAAAUAAUAGAAGAGUGCUACGAGGAGGAGUCUGACAUAAUAGAAGAGAGCGAAAACGAGGAAUAUAAUGAUGUGGAACCAUACGAAGAGCCGUCAGAGGAGCCGCCCGAUGUAGAGCUUGCCAAAAGCUCAGAAUCCGAUGUUGAGGAUGACCCUGUGCCAAACUCACUGGACGAGAAAGCUACCAUAUAUUCAUACAAAUGUGAAAUCUGCCGCAAACCCUACAAAAAGCCGAAUGCAUACAAGAGACACAUGCUGGAUGUGCAUAAUGUCAUGCCCAACGACUUGCCAAAUCUCGACUGCGACCAAUGCGGGGCCAGCUUUCCCACAGUACCUCAGCUGCAGACCCACCAGCGCAGCCACUUGCCGGCCAAGGACAAGGCGGACAAUUCCUGCCCCCACUGUGCGAAGCUCUUCACCACGCCAGGAACCCUCAAGCGCCACAUUGAGGGCAUCCAUAAGCAGAUGAAGCCCUACAUAUGUGACAUCUGUGCCAAGAGCUUCAAUUUUCUCGCCGCUCUCAAUGAUCACAAGCUGGUCCACACUGACGAGUGUCCCUUUGAAUGCCCCAUCUGCCACCGAGGCUUUAAGAACAAGGCCAGACUCAGGGUGCAUGCCGACACGCACAGUGCCACCAUCUACGAGUGCAAAAUCUGCGGACUGAAGCUCAAGACGCGACGAACCUUCAACAAGCACAAAAUAGUCCACUCCGACAAGCGGCAGUACAAGUGUGAGCUCUGCGGUGCGGAAUUCAAGCGUACCAAAACAUUGAAGUCCCAUCUCAUCCUGCACACCGGCAUACGGCCGUACAAGUGUAAUUUCUGCGACAAGGACUUCUCCAACGGCUCGAAUUGUCGAUCGCAUAAGCGCAAGGCGCAUCCCAAGGAGCUGGAGGAGGAGGAGUCAAAAGGUGUGACACGCUCCACACUUUUGCCCGUAAUCGAAGAGCUAGCAAAGGCCUCGAAACGCAUUAAGACCCCUGCCAAGCGAUUCAAAAGGAAGGCCAUUCCAUCGUCCAAAACGAAUGGGAAUGCCAGCGAAUCUCCAGCUAAGGACACGGAAGGUGAGAGUGAGAUCCUCUACGAACUGGUAGGAGAUCUGUGAAACCGUAUUCAAUAGGAAAGUAUUACAAUAAAGUUUAUUUAAAGACAAUAUGAAAGGAAACGAGCGUAAAUUCUUGUAGUACAAUAUCAUGUUCUCUUUGUUUAUUCACAAUUCAAGUCUAUCCCCACUACAGAAUACAAAUACAAUCAUUAAAUGCUCGAUAGGCAGGCUGAAAUUGAGCUUGAAACACUUUAAAGUUUAAACUUAGACGACGAACUACUAAUCAUCGAGUACAUAAAUCACAUGAAAAUCAAAUCAACGA